AAAAAUGUAGGCUAAAUGCAAUUGGAUUUGAAUACUGUACUAAAAGUAAAAAGUAUAAAGAUGUUUAAAGGGUGUCUAUUGCUAAAAAAAUCUGUCAUGCCCCACCCCCUGGACUGACAGACCCAGCUGUGUUCAGUAAAACAUAAUUUAAAAACCAUUAAAUGUAAUGAAAACUGGACGCAGAGAACUGUCAUAUCCUAAUGACAAUCAUAAAGCUGAGGACUGCCGCCAUUACAGUCUGCUGAGCAGUCUCGCUCCUUCCACACAGAGUCUGCGCAUUGUCAGGCUGAAGCUGAUUGGAGAGUAAGACGGGUAAGCUCAAACAGUGCAGGGGGGAGAUGCUGGGAUGAGUGGGAAUCUGCGCAGUGUCAGGCCGAAGCUGAUUGGACAGUAAGACGGGUAAGCUCAAAGAGUGCAGGGGGGAGGAGCUGGGUGAGAGGCGGAGGAGGAGGAGGCGGGAAGUCAAAUUGAAGAUAUGAUCCUGUCAGUCACGGUUCUAGUUGAGAUAUUAUAGGGAGUGGAUGUUUGUUCCUCAGCAGCACAUUCGCUUCUCAGUGGUAAUAUCAUCCUCAUGAUGCCUCCCACACAUGAAUCUCAGUUAGAAGUAAAUAUCGACCAUGCCUUGAGGACAAGAGGACCAGACCUUCGACCCCUAAAAGCAUUUUUGCUGAGUGAAUCUUGUGCUGGCGCAUCCCAGAAAUGCAGCAAAUUCCUCCUUGGAAAACUUGACAAACUGAUAUGCAGGGAGCUUGAUAACAGGGAAGUAAAGGAAGCAUCACUGGUUCUAAAUGUAAUACACAAAUUUGCCAGCUGUAUGACAUUAAAUAAUGAGGAAUGGCUGACUGCUUCCGUAAAACAGGGACUUGUUGAGAAGAUGAUUAUUUGGUUUGAAAAGUCAACAGAUCUUUUUGCUUAUGGCGAAAAACAGAAAAAUGAAACAAUGAUCAACUUUGCUGAAGAUUUUUUUGAUGUUGUUAUGCUCAUUCAUGACCACAGCAGUGAAGGAAAAAUGCAAAUACUGGAACAUUUUCUUGUCAGGGUAUGUUCCUUAAUAUCCAACACUGCAAUAAAUAUCUUCAUUAAACAAGAGGCAGCACGAAAGCUGAAUUUAAUGCUGGACACCAUGCCUGUGGGUGCCAGGAACACAAUCCUUGUCACAGAAGAGAUUACUUCUGCCAUGACAUCUAUGGCUAGGAGAAUAUUAGAUAUUGGAGAUUAUGAUUUGCAAGUGGCGAUCACAGAAGCUUUGUGCCGAAUGGCAUCAGCAACACAAAGAGGAGAACUCGCUACUUUGUGGUUUCCCAUGGAAUUUGUCUCUGAAGCAUUCAAAGGAAUAAAGGAUUCUGAAUUUGAAACUGACUGUAGGAAAUUCCUUAAUCUGAUCAAUGGAAUUUUGGGAAACAAACAAAGUGUUGUUACCAUGCCUUGUCUGUCUGCAUAUCUCAACAACCACAAGCUCCAGAUACCAUGUGAUGAAAAGCUGGAAGAAUUCUGGAUUGAUUUUAAUACUGGAACCCAAAGCAUUUCCUUCUAUGUUUCAACAGACACAGCAGAGGAUCAUCAGUGGGACACAGUUUGCAUGACAGACAGUGAUGUGAUUGUGUACAGUAUUGAAGAAGUAGACAACAACAAGUUACUAACAGUAGAUCUGAAAGCUCCAAUUGCUAUUGGUCAAUAUGAAGGCAAGCAAAUACGCAUAUACUUCAGUUCUCCUUUGGAUAUUUUGGAUGCUACUAGGAGAGUGUUUGCUGCACAUAAGGAUAAGGGGUUUAUUAAAAAACAAACCGUGUCAGAAGCAGAAACAACAGUACGUAUCAUAUUUGAAGACAGUGGAUCUCAGGUCCUUCUUUCUGAAAGCCAAGGGUCCAUUUCUUCUAUAAAGCCUGUGACUGAAACAGAUGUCAGAGACAUUGCAGGGAAAAACCAACCUUCCUCUGCCACUCAGAGCCUCCAUCAAACUACAUGUAGCAAUGAGCAUGACUUUAACACUUCAAAGUUUGCAACUCCUCUUAAAAGUAAAGUUUCAGAAGUAUCAAUGGUUGUUCCUGCUUCUACUGAACUGAAGACAAACAAAGCAGCAAACAACGCGUGUAGGAAACUUAGGAUAAAACCUCCCUUAGAAAUGGUAAGGUCUACUGAAAGAAACACUCUUCCACUAUAUGAAACCCGAGGUGGGUCUCCGUGCAGCAACAGAACACAUAAACUGCCAAAGCAUCGAUCCAGUGCAGAGAAUACAGAUGCUGCAUAUACAUCCGAAGACAUAAAUAAACUCCUGAAAGAUGAAUCAAAUGAGAUUGUGCCAGACACACAAUUUUGUGCCACAAAGGAUCCACCUUUACUGUUUGGUGUCACUAAGAGAUCUGUGAAUCAACAAGAAAGGAACAAAAAGCAGGAAAACUGGAGAGGUCUCAGAGAUAGAGUAAGCAUAUCGUCUGGAUAUAUUGCUAAUCAAGAAAAGAUCAGCAGUCUCCAUGUCAAGCAGCAAUUAGUAUCUGUAGGAGAGCAAUCUCUAAAACAAACAGGUAAACAGAACAAAACAGAAAUGCAGCAUGUACAGGCACAUACAGAUAAAAAUAAGAAGAAAGGUCUGGCCAGUGUUUCCAAACUGCCUCCAUCUAAAGGCCUCACAAGAGCUAAAUGCAGGAAUGAUACUGAAAAGGACUUUGUUUCCAAGCCGGACACAAAUUUGAAAAUGGAGAGCACUAGAGCUAAUGAAAUAUCCGCAACUCAAGCAAAGGAAACGUCUGCUAAAAAAUGUAACCAGCCCAGUGGAAGGAAGGGGAUGAUUUAUCAAAGAUCAUCAGAAUCAGGCAUUGUGAAAUGCUGUGACAAACGCAUGAAAGAAAAACCUAAAGAGAUGACAGACACAGCCAACUUGUUCAUUAAGAACAUCAGAAGAAAAUACACCGGGGAGACUGAGGAGAAUAAAAGAGAAGAGACCGUGUUUGAGAGGAAAAAUAGCAAUAAACAUUCCCUGCACACAAACAAGGAUCAAAAUAGAACAAGAGGCUUCAACCUGAACAGCACUAAAGAUUUUCAGACAAAGACAAAGGAGCUGUGGAAUGAUGUUUAUAAUUUCCAGAUUAGCGCAAUUGAUAAUCCAACAAUAAAUCUUGGGAUAUCAUCAGCAACUUUGUCAGAGAAGAUGAGCAACAAAGCUCUGGCCAGUUGUUUGAAAUCAAGUAAAGACAAGCAGAAGGGGAUGGCAAACACAGAGAAAAAGGCUAAAGAUCACCGUAAGCAUCUGUUCAGUGAUUCUGAUACUGAGAGAGGGGCUGAUGAGACUAAAACUGAUGUUAGCUGGUUACAAGAGCCACAAAGCAAAAAGAAACAUAAUAUAAGCUAUAAAAGGCAAAAAGCACAGAAGAAACAAGACCAAGCCAUGCCAAACAAGAUGAUGCCAAUAACAAAAAACAGUUCAUCAGAGCCAAAUAUAGGCAAGAAAUCAUAUAAUACAAGUGAAGGCAAUAAGAGUGAUAAGCUCAAGCGUCCUAGGAGAGCAACCAUCAAAAGCACCAACUAUAAAGAUCUCUCCAACUCUGAGUCAGAAACUGAGGUGCCUGUUCCAUCCCUUAAAAGAGAGGAACCUGUAAGUGGCAAGUUUGAAAUAUAUAAAGCACAAAAGGAUCUGGUGAAAAAAAUGAAAAACUUUGAAAAGAAUAAUCUCAAAAACGCUCAAAAGAAAUGUUUGGAGAAUGAAACCCAAAAACAUAGCAAGGUCACAACUAGGAACCAACAGGAACCUACCUACUCCCCACCAGCAAGUCCUGCUCCUUCUGUCGAGCAACUAAGAUCCAAAGAAUAUGAUUCUGAUCCACAACUAUCACCUGUGCAUCAGACAUUUGUAAGACGGUCUUCUCCUUCGUUGUCUGUCUCAUCCUCAUUGAAAGCAACUCCAGAAAAAUCUAAGGACAUUAAAGGAACAACAUUUUGUACAACAGAAAUAAAAUACAUGCACCACCAAUGGACAGAGUCCAGCAACAAGUCUGGAACCAGGACCAGAAAGUGUGAUUCCAGCACAAGUGGAAAAGGAACAACAUCUUCAAUUUACAGCCUGGUUUCCAAGCCCACACCGAGUCAUUUUACCUUGGAUCAGUCUCUUGUCAAUACAAAUAUUGAAAUUUCUGCCACAGAGGUAAUGGCCAGAAAGCAGAUGGAUGAAGUGGGUGGCACACUGACAAAGAGUGAUGUGAAACAACACUAUAUUGGGGACAGUAGGCAGCCUGGGCCUGGAACAAGAAUACUAAGCACUGAGGUGCAUAGUACUAGCACCAAAGUAUCUGUGAAAAGCCUGAAGCGAAACCACAAUGAUUUCAGCAUCCAUGAUGACAUAAACCCUGAAUGCGAUGAACAUGAAAAUACGGGAUUCCGUGGGAAGCACAAAAAACGCAAGCUACUUCCACGAAAACUGUUUCAGUCUCCUGAUAAAGGAAUCAGCACCUGCAGAGGUUCAGAGACCCUGUCCACACUGUCAGGAAAUGAGGCCUCCAAUACAGGCUUGGAUAACUGGGAAGAGAGUGGAGCUGAAGUAGGCUUAAUCUGCCAGCAAAUCAGCAGGGAGUUUACUAGAAAGGUGCAGAACCGUUCCAGAAAAAUGGAUUCUUUCACAAAACAGUCUCUAAAAUCAGUUCAGCACCAUGUGACAUCUUUGGGGGUGCAGGUUCGAGACUUCAGAAUAAAGGGCCUGGACCAAUUCCAACAAACCAUCAUAGAAGAGAUUGAAAAGUUUGAAAAAGAUUCUCAGGCCCUGAAAAAUAUGGAAAAGGAUUUUACAGCUUUCUGGAAAAAUCAAAUGCAAGCGCUCAGUGUAUAUCAUCAGAAUGAACAAAAGAGAAUCCAUCAGCUCAGAUCCUUAUUUGAGAAUAACACAUUUCAGAAUGUGGAAUACGAGGAAGACAUUUUUAAUUCUGAGAUGCAUCUUAUGAAAGACGACAUGAAGCAGUUUCAAGAAAGACUUCUCAAAGAAAUGCAAGAAGAGGAGCUACACAGUGUGCGGAGGGGUCUGCAGUCUCUUUUCAUGGCUGGAGCAAGGAAUCUAUAACACAAGGCCUGCACAACCCAUCAGGUUUAUUUUUGUUGCUAAAUCUGAUUGUACAAUGAUGUUGGCCUCCUCUUGUGUAAAAUGUUACUGUUUAUGUUUCUCCCAUUGCUGUUACCUGUACAAUUUUAAACUAUGGCUGAUUGUUAUUAGCUGCAAAUAAACACAAAUUCUGUGUUCUGACAGAACACCCAAAUAAGGUUAAGAUUAUUAAAAGAUUAGUGCUCCUACAUGGAGACUAAGAAAUAAGAUUUUAUUGCAUCUUUACUAAUAACUGGCUUUUACUUAACUUCCUAAUGUGUUUCAUAUUGUAACUGAGUUACACAAUUAUUUAGGAACAAAACAUAUACUUGCCUUUGCCCUUAUUAACAAAAACCGCACACGAAUGUUUAAAAUAAAGAUGCGACAUGUUAUAAAAUAUUUCACUGUUUUGUCCUGCGCAGUAUUGUCUUCUCAGAAGUAAUCCACACAAAGGAUGGAAUUUAAAUUGAAUUCAAAAAGGGCAACUACGGAUACAUUAUAAGUUUAUUUAAGGGAAAU